AUGUCUUCCUCCACUUCCAUCCCUCGGGAUCUCCCCUCCCUCAUCGCAAAGCAAUAUGACUCGGCCCUGUCCAGCGGCUCUGCCUUCUUCUACCCAUCAGAUGUGCACAGCAUCAAAGAUCAAGAGGGAGAAGACGGACCAUCGAUGCAAUGGACUGUGAGACGGUGUGAGGCACUGAGGGAGAAGGCAAAGGAAAAGAAGAGGAAGGAAGAGGCCAAGAGUGGAAGAGAUGAGCCGGCUACUCAGAAGGGAGGGCAGAACCCUUCAGACGUGUUCGCUCCGCCGUAUGAUAAAGAUUUACUCAUUGCCGAACUGGGCGACCAUACACUGCUGCUCAACAAGUUCGCAUUGAUACCGCACCACUUUCUCCUAGUGACACGAGACUUUCAACCACAGACCAUGCCUCCCUCUCCGGAUACUCUCCGUCUUGCCUUUGAGAUCCUCUCUUCUGUGUCCCGGUCAUUGUCUACCGAGAUCCUCUGCUUCUACAAUUGCGGGCCAGUUUCAGGUGCUUCACAAGCACAUUGCCAUCUGCAAUUCGUCAAUCUCGAGUCGGGAGGCGGUGUACUCGUGGAACAGCUACUAGGUCGUAUUCAGAAGGAUGGCAAGGAGAUGGAGACUGUACAUGCACUUCCCCUGCCAUACCAGCACUUCGUGCACCUCCUACCACCCGGCCUCUCAUCGCGUUCAGCCGAUGAUAUCACUUCGUGCCUUAGCGACGCUUUGAUGAAGCUGCUAGAUGCCAUGUUCAGCGCUCAAGCAGCUGCCAUUAGCCACGACGAUGGAGCUUCGGCCCAGCCUGCCCCUGCACGGCGUGGAGCAAGGAGCUGGAACCUCCUCUUGACUGGGAAGGCAAUGCACCUGAUCCCUCGAGACAAGGAGGACUUUCCGCUGGGUGAGGAGGGACCUCAGAAUGAAGAGGUCGGGCAUUUGAGCCUCAACGCUCUGUGUUUCGCUGGUCACCUGGUGACCAAAUCGAAUGAAGAGGUGGAGCGCAUCAAAUCGCACCCUGGAGGUGUCCGUAAUAUCCUGAGCCAAGUGGGACGACGGCCAGUGUCUGACUUUACCGUAGCGACGCCCAACAGUGAUGCUCGAGAAGGAUGA